GUGGAGUUGCUCAAGCAGGUGGAGGUGUUCAAGCGGGUGGAGUUGCUCAAGCAGGUGGAGUUGCUCAAGGAGGUGGAGUUGGUCAAAGAGGUGGAGUUGCUCAAGCAGGUGGAGUUGCUUAAGCAGGUGGAGUUGCUCAAGGAGGUGGAGUUGCUCAAGCAGGUGGAGGUGCUCAAGCAGGUGGAGGUGCUCAAGCAGGUGGAGGUGCUCAAGCAGGUGGAGGUGCUCAAGCAGGUGGAGGUGCUCAAGCAGGUGGAGGUGCUCAAGCAGGUGGAGUUGCUCAAGCAGGUGGAGUUGCUCAAGGAGGUGGAGUUGCUCAAGCAGGUGGAGUUGCUCAAGCAGGUGGAGUUGCUCAAGCGGGUGGAGUUGCUCAAGCGGGUGGAGUUGCUCAUGCAGGUGGAGUUGCUCAAGCAGGUGGAGUUGCUCAAGCAGGUGGAGUUGCUCAAGGAGGUGGAGUUGCUCAAGCAGGUGGAGUUGCUCAAGCAGGUGGAGUUGCUCAAGGAGGUGGAGUUGGUCAAAGAGGUGGAGUUGCUCAAGCGGGUGGAGUUGCUCAAGCAGGUGGAGGUGCUCAAGCGGGUGGAGUUGCUCAAGCGGGUGGAGUUGCUCAAGCAGGUGGAGGUGCUCAAGCGGGUGGAGUUGCUCAAGCAG